UCACACCCAGCAGCAGCCUGCGGACCGAUGAUGUCAGUGUUUCUGGGCUGUAGGAGUUCGUGUAUCACCAUGUGUUCCGACACAGAGUGAGUGAGUAGGCCUACUGCUGCUGCUGCUGGCCGUCAGCAGGCAGAGGAGAGAGGAGAGAGGAGAAGAGGAGGGGAGGAAAAGUGUGUUUACACAGACGCCAAACUGCCUGGGGAAUCGUCGGGGAGAGGAAGUCAGCCGGCUCUGUGUCUGCCUGCUCCAACUUCCUGCUCAGAGAAAGAAAAAGCCCAGGAUCCUAUUUCAGUCCAGCACAACUGUGUAGACCAGAAGUAAAGCAUGGAAAAACAAGGAAUCACACAAGCUUCACCGUAAAGUUACAGAGGGAAAACACCGAGCCACAGAUCGCAGGUAUGGACAGUGCGAUCACUCUGUGGCAGUUCCUGCUGCAGCUGCUGCUGGACCAAAGUCACAAACACCUGAUAUGUUGGACGUCCACAGACGGAGAAUUCAAGCUCCUGAAGUCAGAGGAAGUGGCCAAGCUGUGGGGGCUACGCAAGAACAAGACCAACAUGAACUACGACAAGCUGAGCAGAGCCCUGCGCUACUACUAUGACAAGAACAUCAUCAAGAAGGUGAUUGGCCAGAAGUUUGUCUAUAAGUUUGUGUCCUUCCCUGAGAUCCUGAAGAUGGACCCUCAGGCGGUGGAGAUGGGCCUGGCUUCUGGAAGGUUUCCCCUUCAGGAAGGAGAGGUCUCAGAGCUGGAGGUAGAGGUAGAGGAGGAAGAAGAAGAGGAAGGCGAAGAGGAGGCCCAGAGGAGGACCCUGGCAGCCCUGGGGGCGCAGCAGUGUCGGAACGACUACCUCCGCUCGGGUCUCUACUCCUCCUUCAGCAUCAGCUCCCUGCAGAACCAGCCUGAACUCCUCCGUGCCCUGAGGGAGCGCCAGGAGGAGCCGCGCUCCGUCAUCCGCUUUGGCAACAACGCCAACGAAAGGAGCUCCCCUCCCUCCGCCAAGCCCGAGUCCUAUGUCUCCCCCAGGUUGUCCAAACUCCAUUCCCCGUCCUCUCCACACACCCAACCCUUCCGGCCCGGCCGAAGCUGGAGCCCCGCAGCCAAGGAGGAAGAGGAGGACUCUGACCAGAGCGCUCAGCCCCUCAACCUCUCCUCUGGGCACAGGGAGCGAGCCCUGCAGCCUCCCGAGAAGAGGAGCAGCAGCAGUGGUAGAAGUAGCUCUACUAGUAGUAGUAGUAACCAAGGAGAUGGACUCCCUCCAAAAAGCAAAAAGCCCAAAGCUCUAGAGAUCUCAUCCCCGUCCCUGCUGCUCGCAGGGACUGACAUCGGCUCCAUCGCCCUCAACAGUCCAGCACUGCCGUCCGGCUCCCUCACUCCUGCCUUCUUCGCAGCACAGACUCACUCUGGUUUGCUGCUGGCUCACAGUCCGCUGUUGUCAGGCAUCCACUUCUGGAGCAGUUUGAGCCCCGUUGCUCCGCUCAGCCCCGCCCGGCUGCAGGGCCACAGCUCCCUCUUCCAGUUCCCCAGCCUCAUCAACGGACACAUGCCUAUGCCGCUGCCAAACCUGGAAGGAACACCCUCAUCCCUGCUCCUGUCCCCCACCACCCACAGAUCCUGAUCCAGGGUCUGUGAAAAGAACUCCCAUCUUCAUCCAUCUCGGUUCUCACCAUCAUUGUCAUCAUCAGCAACGAUCUCUUGUCCGUGUUGUUAAAUUUUGCUUCAGUCCUACGAGACAGUAUGUGACCUCACUUUUUUGCACUUGAGUUGCUUCAGAUUCCAGUGGUUGAAAGCACUUGGUAAAAGCCAUACGCCACGAUGUCUGUGAGACGUCUGGCUCUUUGUGAUAAAGUACAGCACAUUUCCACAUGACCCUGUCCACGAUGGACAGUAGUGACGUGCAGCUAGCUGCAAAAGGCUAGCCAGCCGCUCAUUCUGUGUAGAGAGCUUGGUUGUUUUAAUCUUGUAAAAAAAAAAAAAAAUCUCCUUUUUUCCUUAAGUGUUUAUCACAAUGUGAAACUAGUUGUUUCAUGUGUGGUAUUGUAUGUGUUGUAUGCACUAUGCUUCUCAGAUAGUACCGGCUGUGCCUUGUUGUCCUAUUUUUCUUUUUCCACAAUCUUUUAAUGAAGACGAGAUUUCAAAUCAAUGAAAAAAACCUUUGUAACAUGUUCUUUUUUUAUACUGGACUUGGUAUACAGUUUGUAUUCUGUAUAAUUUUGUAUUGUGAAAAAAAUGUCUUGUCAUUUUCAAUAAAUAAAGCAUUGAAUGCUU